CUCCCCGCCUGUCCGCCCGGCACGUUGGGCCCCAGACACGCCCAGACACCCCGACACGUGCCCGCGCCGUGGCGCUCCGGGUUGGCCCGAUAGCCCAGUGCUGCGCGCCGCUGCGCACAGCUGGCGCCGAUAUCGGCGGGCUUGUCUCCCUUGUUGGCCAGCCCCUCCCCGAGCCGCCUUCCCCGCGGUGAUCGGAGAUACACCCAGCUGGCAUCCCGUGCUAUCUUGCUCCCUGGCGCCGUCGUCAUCCUGACCCUGGUCGGCUAUAAAGCCCGUGCCGCCGCCGUCGCCGAGUUUGUCUCCAUCGCCCUCCUGGGUCCUUCGCAUCACUCCUUCCUCCGAGGUCUUCUUCCCAGCUCUCCCACAUCGUCACCAUGGCCUCCAACGCUGCCCGCAUCUCGGCCCUGCGAGAGGGUCUCGACCGCCCUUCUCGUGUCGUCGACUGGCCCACCGUCGACCACCGCCACGCCUACAUCUCCGAGAUCUACGGCCAGAACGUCUUUACCCUCAAGGAGCUCCAGAAGCACCUCCCCAAGCCCGUCUAUGCCCGCUUCGUCCAGCAGAUCAAGGGAAGACAGACUUUGGAUCGCCCCACCGCUGAUGCCGUCGCCCACGCUGUCCGUGUCUGGGCCAUGGACCGUGGUGCCACCCACUUCACUCACUGGUUCCAGCCUCAGACUGGAACCACUGCCGAGAAGCACGACAACUUCCUGACCCUGAAGACUGUCGUCGGCGAUCUCGAUGAGACUUCUCCCAUCGACACCUUCUCUGGAUCCCAGCUCCUCCAGUCCGAGCCCGAUGCCUCCUCCUUCCCCAACGGUGGCAUGCGCACCACCUUCGAGGCCCGUGGCUACACCAUCUGGGACACCACCAGCCCCAUGUUCAUCCGCAAGGGUCCCCAUGGCACCUACGUCCUCUACAUUCCCUCCGUUUUCAUCUCCUACAACGGCGAGGCUCUCGAUGAGAAGACCGUCCUCCUGCGCUCGGCCGAGACCCUGGCCAACGCUGCCCUCCGCCUGCUCCGUGUUCUCGGCGACACCGAAACCAAGCGUGUGUACACCACCCUGGGUACCGAGCAGGAGUUCUUCCUGAUCGAUCGCGCCCUGUACCAGCUCCGCCCCGAUCUCAAGAUCACCGGCCGCACUCUCAUCGGCUCGAUGCCCCCCAAGCACCAGCAGCUCGAGGACCACUACUUUGGCCAGAUCCCCAGCCGUGUCCUGGCCUGCAUUAGUGAGAUGGAGCUCGAGCUCUUCAAGCUCGGUGUCCCGGUCAAGACUAGACACAAUGAGGUCGCUCCCCAGCAGUUUGAGUUUGCCCCCAUCUUCGAGGAGGCCUCGGUCGCCGUUGACCACAACCUCCUCGCCAUGGAGACCCUCCACCAGGUUGCCCAUCGCCAUGGCCUCAAGGUUCUCUUCCACGAGAAGCCCUUCAAGGGCAUCAACGGCAGCGGCAAGCACUGCAACUGGUCCAUGUCCACCGACAACGGCGAGAACCUGCUGGACCCCAGCGCCAAGCCCGAGACCAACUACCGCUUCCUGCUCUUCCUGCUCGCUACCCUCGAUGCCGUCAACAAGCACGCUGGUCUCCUCCGCGCCGGUAUUGCCAGCUCCAGCAACGAGCACCGCCUCGGUGCCCAGGAGGCCCCUCCCGGUAUCAUCUCGGCCUUCCUCGGCGAGCACCUGAACGAAGUCCUGGACUCGAUCGAGGAGCUCCGUGACGUCCGCAACUUCUCGCGCCCCCACAUGGAGUCUGUCAAGGUCGGCGGCACUGUCCUGGACCUCAAGGUCUCGACCCUGCCUCAGAUCGCCCGUGACCUGACCGACCGCAACCGCACCUCGCCCUUCGCCUUCACCGGCAACAAGUUCGAGUUCCGUGCCGUCGGCUCCAAGCAGUCGCCCUCCUUCCCCGUUGCUCUCCUCAACGCUGCCGUUGCUGCCUCGAUCGACCUCGUCGCCGAGGCCCUGGAGAAGCAGAAGGGCAGCAAGCCCCAGCUCACCGUCGACGACAUCCUCAACGUCAUCCGCCACUUUGUCAAGCAGACCAAGAGCGUCCGCUUCGAGGGCAACAACUACUCCCAGGAGUGGGUUGAUGAGGCUGCUCGCCGUGGCCUCCCCAACAUCAAGUCCUGCCCCGUUGCCUUCCGCCAGCUGCUCGAGCCCAGCCAUGCUGCUCUCCUGACCAAGACUGGCAUCUUCACCGAGACCGAGCUCCACUCCCGCUACCACAUCCUCGUCGAAAAGUACGCCAAGGACCUCCUGAUCGAGGCCCAUACCCUCAAGACCAUGACCGUCCAGUCGGUCCUGCCCGCUGCCUUUGCUUACCGCAAGGAGCUGGCCGACGCCCUCAAGACCCUGAAGGAAGUCGGCGAGGACAUUGCCACCUCUCCCGAGAAGGCUAUCCUGACCAGACUCAAGAGCCAGGUCGACCGCCUCAACGCCGCCAACGACAAGCUCGUCAGCGUCAUCGACAAGGCCGAGGGUCUCGAGGGCGAGGCCCAGGCCGACUACAGCUCGGCUGAGCUCACUGCCGCCAUGGAGGAAGUUCGCGCUGCCACCGACGUCAUCGAGUCCCAGGUUGCUGACAAGUACUGGCCCUACCCCAAGUACACCGAGCUCCUGUUGUAAGCUCAGCGCCGCCCGGCCUCGUAUUCCCAUAUUUUCUUGAGCGCCCCCGCCCCAUUCAUUCAUAUGUUUUGAGCCACGAACUUGAGUAGUCAAGCUGUGAAACUCCAGCGUCUCCGAGCCUCCUUGCCCGGGAUGCUUCUGUUGUGAAAUAUUUUCAGUAACUUGAUCUGCAGCGCACGAGCCACUCCCACCCCUGGCCCGUGCGCCGGAUUCUCCAAAGUGAGCAUCUGUGAACAAAGUAAAGACGUUACUUUUGCAUGA